AUGUUCGUUCUUCGGUGGAUAUAUCUCGCGGGCCUUUUAGGUCUUGCUUUUGCCUCUCCGCGCAAAUCGCUCGCGAAAAGAACAACCGUCAGCGAGCUUUUGACGGAUAUUGAGGAUGCUGUUACCUGUACAGCAUGCGAAGCUCUGCUAGUUGUUCUCCAAGCCUUGGCUCAUCUGGGCAAUGAUGACUUUGUUGAUGUGAUCACCGAAGUCUGCAUCUUGGCCGGGGUUGAAGACAAUGAUGUCUGCGAGGGUGCGAUUGCCCUUGAAGGACCAAUCCUUGCUCAUGACUUGCGCAACAUGGAUAUUCCAUCCACGACCGCAACUCUCUUCUGCACUACCGUAUUUGGACUCUGUGACUACCCAGAUGUCACAGAGUACACCGUAGACUUCCCAACCUCAAAGCCGUCUAACGCCUCUCGCCCGUCAUCUAGUGGAAAAACCCCGAUCCAGGUUGUUCACAUCAGUGAUAUCCAUGUCGACCUCUCAUACGAGACAGGUGCCAGCUACAAUUGUACCAAGAAUAUCUGCUGCCGCCCAUACACGGCGGCUGAUGCGCCUGGUAACACUAGCUACCCAGCAGGCGAAUACGGAAAUCACAAUUGUGACUCGCCUCUGACUCUGGAAGAGAGUAUGUAUGAAGCAAUUCAAAGUUUUGUGCCUGAAGCCUCCUUCACUAUCUUCACGGGCGACGUUGUCGAGGGAGCCGUAUGGCUGGUCAAUGAGACCGAGGUAACAAAUGACCUGAAUGACGCUUAUGAAACGCGUAUGCCUUCAUACCUCGAUCUUGUAUAUGGAGUCAUUGGAAAUCAUGACACCGCACCGGUUAAUUCAUUCCCGCCCGCCGCGAUCGAUACGACCAUUUCCAGCCAGUGGGCCUAUGAUACCCUUUCUUCCGACUGGGCACAAUGGAUUGGGUCGACAGCGGCGACGACUGCCGACGAUUAUGGCGCCUACUCUGUCAAGUAUCCCGGUGGUAACCUUCGCAUCAUCUCCUUUAACACCAAUUUCUACUAUAAGGAGAACUUUUGGCUCUAUGAGAAGACCAUGGAGUCUGAUCCUAGCGGACAGCUGGCAUGGCUUGUAACCGAGCUCGAUGCCGCAGAGACCGCAGGUGAACGUGUAUGGCUGCUAGGCCACAUGCCUAUGGGUGCUAGCGAUGCCCUCCAUGAUGGAUCCAACUACUUCAACCAGAUCAUUCAGCGCUACGAUGCGACCAUCGCUGCUGUUUUCUAUGGUCACACCCACAAGGACGAGUUUGAGAUCGCGUACUCCAACUACAGUAACCCGUCUGCCAACACAGCAACGAUGAUGUCCUAUAUUGCGCCGGCCCUCACUCCCACGUCCGGCAACCCGACAUUCCGAGUCUACUCAGUCGAUCCGGUGACUUUCGGCGUGCUGGACUUUACCGUUUACUUCACCAACAUGUCUAGCUCCACCUACCAGACCAAGCCCACGUGGGAGAAGUACUACUCUGCAAAGGAAACCUACGGUGCUCUUCUAAGCCCGGCUGUAACUGACAGUGCGGCGGAGCUCACACCGGCUUUUUGGCACAACGUCACCACCCUUUUCGAGAGCGACGACUCUGUCUUCCAGGACUACAUUGCUCGUAAAAGCCGGGGAUGGGAUGUUUCUUCUUGCACGGACGACUGUAAAACCGAGGAGAUCUGCCAGCUACGUGCUGCUGAGUCCCAAUACAACUGCGUGACCAUUUCCCCGGGCAUCAACUUUAAGAAGAUGAAGCGCUCCUCGAGCAGCGCUACAAAGGAGGAAAGUGCAUGUGGUGAAUCUGUCAUUGGGGCCAUGUUUUCCAACUUCGAAGAUAGCGUGUCCGCCCUGAAGACCUCGGCACAGUCCAAGCUGGGCACCAGUUUUUUGAACACCACCCUAAACACCACCAUG